UUCCGUGACCUGAAGGCGCAUCCUCCUGCGUCUCCGCCCAAAAGGCGGGAACUGGGCGCCAGGCCGGAGCGUCAUGGGAUGCGCGCAAGUGCACGUCCCGCCCACCUCAGCCUCUGAUUGGUGGAGAGCCUCGGCUCGUGGCGGAGACGUCCUCCUCAUUGGCUGUCCGUCUCCAGGGGGCGGGCCCACGACGUAGUCCCGCUCCCUCCUUCCCAAUCCCCAGCUGCCGACGUGGGGCGGGCGGCCGCGGGCGGUUGGGGGCCGGGGUGUGGGUGCCGAGCGGGAGGCCGGGAAUGGGGGGGCUGCGGCUGCUGGCGGUGGCCCUCACCUGCUGCUGGUGGCCGCCGGGCAGCCAGGGGAAGACCCUGCGGGGCAGCUUCAGCAGCGCCGCGGCCCGCGACGCCCAGGGCCAGAGCAUCGGCCACUUCGAGUUCCACGGGGAUCGAGCUCUUCUGUGUGUCAGAAUCAACAACAUAGCAGUAGCUGUUGGAAAAGAAGCAAAACUCUACCUGUUCCAAGCCCAGGAGUGGCUAAAGCUUCAGGAAAGCAGUAAUGAUUAUAGCUGUAGUGAAAAAUUAUCCAAAGCUCAGUUAACAAUGAUCAUGAACCAGACCGAACAUAAUCUGACAGUGUCCCAGAUCCCGUACCCACAAACGUGGCAGGUGUUUUAUGCAGACAAGUAUACCUGCAAAGAUGACAGUGAGAAUUCCCAGGUGGAAGAUAUCCCAUUUGAAAUGAUGUUACUAAAUCCAGAUGCAGAAGGGAAUCCAUUUGAUCAUUUUAGUGCUGGAGAAUCUGGAUUACAUGAGUUCUUUUUCCUACUAGUCCUAGUGUACUUUGUGAUUGCUUGCAUUUAUGCUCAGUCAUUGUGGCAGGCUAUUAAGAAAGGAGGACCCAUGCGCAUGAUUUUAAAGGUUCUGACAACUGCAUUGCUGUUACAAGCUGGUUCAGCUUUAGCUAAUUACAUUCAUUUCUCCAGUUACUCCAAAGACGGAAUAGGGGUACCUUUUAUGGGAAGUUUGGCAGAAUUUUUUGACAUCGCAUCUCAAAUUCAGAUGUUAUAUCUACUUCUGAGUCUGUGCAUGGGUUGGACAAUAGUCAGAAUGAAGAAGUCUCAGAGCAGACCUCUUCAGUGGGAUUCUACUCCUGCAUCCACUGGCAUUGCUGUGUUCAUUGUCAUAACACAGAGUAUUUUGCUACUUUGGGAACAGUUUGAAGAUACCAGUCCUCACAGCUACCAUGCACACCACAACCUGGCGGGGAUCCUUCUGAUCAUUUUAAGAGUUUGCCUGGCAUUGUCAUUAGGCUGUGGGCUGUACCAGAUCAUCACCGUGGAGAGGAGUACACUGAAGAGGGAGUUCUACACCACAUUCGCCAAAGGCUGUAUCUUGUGGUUUCUAUGCCAUCCAGGUCUUGCUUGCAUUUCUAUUGUUUUUAGUGACUACCAAAGAGAUAAGAUUGUCACAAUAGGUGUUAUCCUCUGCCAGUCUGUUUCCAUGGUUAUUCUCUACAGACUCUUUCUAUCCCAAAGUCUAUACUGGGAGGUUUCCUCACUUUCCUCGGUAACUCUACCACUGACCAUCUCGUCUGGACACAAAAGUCGGUCUCACUUCUGACGCUCGAUUUUGUCUAAAAGAAGAGUGAAUUGGUUUAACAGAGUGCAAUAAGGAUCCAUGUGCAGUGACUUUGUUUUCAUACUUUUGGUAUGAAAAAUUGAACCGAGAAAGCAGAGCAUGUUAUUUUAUAUAACUGCAUUUAAGCAGUACCAAAACUGAAAACAGGUAACAAAUGGUAUGUUUGAAAUAUACUUAAUAAACUUUUAAGAAAGAACAUUGUUAUAAGCUGAUUUAUGCAAUUUCCAAUUGGAAAUAAA